AUGCCCAUGACAAAGAGUGCCGGGGGUCCCCAGGGAGCUGUUGACCUCAAACUGGACCUCAAGUCCUCUUCCGAAAGUGCCAAGAAGUUGCAGAACAAGGAUUCCGGUUUCUUGGAUGGAAGCCCUUCUGAGUCGCCGGACUUGGAAACGACCAAGGGCAUAACAGCAUUCCAGACCUUGGUUCACCUGGUGAAAGGUAACAUAGGCACAGGGGUCCUGGGACUACCCCUGGCUAUGAAGAAUGCAGGCAUCCUGAUGGGCCCUCUCAGUUUGCUGGCCAUGGGCUUCAUCUCCUGCCACUGUAUGCACAUCUUGGUCAGGUGUGCCCAGCGCUUCUGCCACAGACUUAACAAGCCCUUUAUGGACUACGGGGAUACGGUGAUGCACGGACUAGAAGCCAGCCCCAGCACCUGGCUCCGGAACCACGCACACUGGGGAAGGCGUGUCGUGAGCUUCUUUCUUAUAGUCACCCAGAUGGGCUUCUGCUGCGUGUACAUUGUGUUUCUGGCUGAUAAUUUAAAGCAGGUAGUGGAAGCGGUUAAUAGCACAACCAACAACUGCCAUUACAAUAGGACAGUGAUCCUGACGCCCACCAUGGACUCGAGACUCUACAUGCUUGCCUUCCUGCCCUUCCUGGUGCUUCUGGUGUUCGUCAGAAACCUCCGAGCCCUCUCCAUCUUCUCCCUGUUGGCCAACAUCACCAUGCUGGUCAGCUUGAUCAUCAUCACCCAGUCCAUCAUCCAGGGAAUUCCAGACCCCAGCCACUUGCCACUGGUAGCAAAUUGGAAGACCUACUCGCUCUUCUUUGGAACAGCCGUUUUUUCAUUUGAAAGCAUUGGUGUGGUUCUGCCCCUGGAAAACAAGAUGAAGGAUGCCCGCCGCUUCCCAGUCAUCCUGUCUUUGGGAAUGUCCAUCGUUACUGCCCUCUACCUCAGCGUCGGGACUCUGGGCUACCUGCGGUUCGGAAAUGACAUCAAGGCCAGCAUAACCCUUAACCUGCCCAACUGCUGGCUGUACCAGUCGGUCAAGAUCCUCUACGUAAUUGGCAUCCUGUGCACCUACGCCCUGCAGUUCUACGUCCCUGCAGAAAUCAUCAUUCCCUUCGCCACCUCCCAGGUGUUAAAGCGCUGGGCACUGCCUCUGGACUUGUUCAUCCGCCUCGCCAUGGUCAGCCUGACAUGCAUCUUGGCCAUCCUUAUCCCCCGCCUGGACCUGGUCCUCUCUCUGGUGGGCUCCCUGAGCAGCAGUGCGCUGGCCCUCAUCAUCCCACCCCUCCUGGAUAUCACCACCUACUACUCAGAGGGCAUGAGUCCCAUCACCAUCAUCAAGGACGCCCUGAUCAGCAUCCUGGGCUUCGUGGGCUUUGUGAUGGGGACCUACCAGGCCCUGGAGGAGCUGAUCCAGUCAGAAGACCCUCUCACCUUUUCCAACUCCACCAUUUUUAUUCAGUGA